AUGCCUGGCACCAAAGAUGAUGAACCUCAUGUCGAUACCAUCGAGGGAUCGGCCACAAAGGUCACUGCGCAGGAGGACCAGGCAUACGGAACCGUGCAGCUACUUCAAGGCGGUUCAGUUGUCUUGAUUCCCACUCCUAGUCCUAACCCCAAAGACCCUCUCAACCUUCCGACAUGGCACAAGUACCUUAUUAUCUUGAUUGUCGGCUCAUACUCCGCCAUCGCUGUCCUCGUCACAUCCGGACUCGGCGCAGUGUUCCCCUCCGUGCUGAAGGAGUAUCCCCUCGAAGAUGCCACGCGAGCCACAGACCUUCUCACAUACCCGACGCUGUUUAUGGGGGUUGGAAACCUCUUCUCCAUGCCGCUCUGCGUGACCAUUGGAAGACGACCCGUGUUUCUCAUGUCACUGGUUCUGCUGGUCUUGUCCGGUUUAUGGUGCGCCUUCUCGACGUCCUUGAGCAGCCAUAUCGCAGGUCGCAACUUUUACAGCAUUGCUGCUGGCCAGAGUGAAGCACUUGCCCCCUUCAUAAUUGAAGAAAUUCAUUUUCUCCACGAGAGGAGCGCCAAGCUGUCUUGGUUCAUCGGUGUUCAAACUGUAGGGACGGCAGCGAUGUUCGUUGCGACGGCUUACAUCGUCCCUUCAGUGGGACUUAAGUGGUGGUACCUGAUCAUCACCUUCAUCAACGCCGCCAUCCUGGUCUUAGCUUUCUUCUUUGCGAUAGACGACGAAGGCAACGUCAACAAAAACGGCGACAACGAGAUGAUCAUCCAAGUCCUAACACGACAAAACCACGUGCUGCAACCUGAAGUCUUUGGGCCCCGAACCUGGCGCCAUAAUCUAAGAAUCUUCCACUUUAAGCCCGAGUGGAAGCAGACAGUCAUCUUUUACAAGGAGACGAUGCAAUCCCUCUGGCUACCAAACAUCGUCUGGAUGUUGUUACUCAACGGUGCCUUCUUGGGUAUCUACGUCUACCAAGCCUCAACCUUUGCGAUCAUCCUGAUGGCGCCUCCGUACACAUUCAAAUACGACUGGCUGGGAUAUGUCCAGCUGGUUCAAGUCCUCGACUGUGUUAUCCUGGUACCUCUUCUAGGCUACGGAUCUGAUCUGCUGGUGCGGGCCAUGAGUACUUGGCAGGGCGGAAUUUUCCAGCCUGAGUACAGACUCAUCAUCCUGAGCGUGCCCAUUCUAUCAGCCAUCAUAUCCUGCGUCUUCUUCGGACAGGCAGGCGCACAUCCGGACCGCUGGCACUGGAUGACCAUUGUGGCCCCUUACAACCUCGGAUACUUUGCUUUCCUAGGAGCGAACCUCGUCGGCAUCACCUACGCCAUUGAUAGCUUUCCAAGCAAGGCCGGGCCGCUUCUCUUGGUCCUGUGUGCAGGACGCGGCUUCAUCUCGUUUGGCCUCAGCUACUCCACGGUUCCGCUGAUCAAUCUAAUUGGAUAUCAGGGCGCCAUGAACAUCUUCGCUAUUAUUGCUGGUGUUUUAGGAGUUAUUACUGUUCCGGUAUAUCUCUUUGGGUCGCGUACUAGGAUGUGGGCUACGAAGAAAACCUGGCCAGAGAUUGCUUCGAGUAAUUGAACGAGAGAAGUCAGUAAAUCUGAUUGGAGAUUUCCGAGAUGUAUAGUGAGUGU